UAGUAAAAUAGCUUUCAAACUUAAAAAUGUUUUAUCUUCUAGUUUUUUCAUUGAUCAACAUUUGUAACUGAGAAGAAAUGUCUAUUGUAAUUCUACAUCCAUCAAAUAAAACCCUAGUUUUCUCUCAAUAUCUUCUUCCUACUGCAGGAUUUAUUUCAUCAAGAACGCACAAUUGAGUGGUAAAAUUAUCAAAGAAAUCUUCACUUCCAGGUUUCUACAACAGGAUUUGCUCCUCCAAAUCCCCGAAUACAUCCACUGACAGUAGCUCCCAAGAGGAUUCAAAGAGGAUCCCUUGGAAAGUUCAUCUUGAAGAAUGGAAUGUUCCAUGGGAUUGGAAGAUUGUUUUGUAUGUCAUGGCACCAUAUUUGAUGAGUAUUCUUUUUACAGGAAUUGUUGAAUCAAAAGGAAAUUCACAAAAUGCAAUUCAAUCGUCGAUUCAAAAUACAGAUGAAGUAGCAGUGAAAUUUUUAGUCGAUCAAUUACUGAAGACUGUAGUUAAGCUUUCGGUUCUAUUUGUAUUCGUCAAUCCUUAUCAACCAUUUCCUGAAGAUGUAUUCUCCUACAGUAUGAUGGAACCAACCAUUCAACCUUAAGAAUGGGUGGGUCUUAUGGGGCUUUGGAGGUCUAAUAGCUGCAUCAAGUUGUGUUUUUCUCAUUAAAAGUCUCACCUCUGGUUUACAUGUCAGCCAGGUUCAAAAUGAGAUAACCAGCUGUUUGUCAGAGACGAUGUCCACCAGUGCCUUGCAAUCCCUCGACAGCUUUCCAGCAAGCCAUUGCAGGUAAUCCAAAAGGGUUUACGCUGAGGAUGAUUUAUAAAGACUCCAACGAAUCACUUUUUUACGAUCCUGCUGAUAUUCGUUUAGCACCGGGAGAAAGAUUUCAAGCGCUGAUUGACCAAUCAAGAAGUCGAGCACAUUACAUCGGUUCACAAGUAUUAUUACGCAAUAAAAAUGUGACGAUGAACCCCGAUGUUGUACGUGUGCCAGUAGUACCUGAAGCAGCAAUGUGGUACGUUGGAAUGGUAGGUAUAGGUACAUUUCCUACAUCACCACCAUAUAUGAAUUACUAUCUGAUGAUUGAUUCGGGUAGUGAUCUUACUUGGCUUCAAUGCCACGGUGCCACAAAAACUUUCAAUCAAGAUGCCCUUCUUUAUCCUUGGGAGUAUUCGCAGACAUAUCAUCCCCUUCCUUGCCAUACUCAUCCUGCAUGCACGGGGGAUAGUUGCAAUACCAAUGGCGAAUGUGUUUACCGAGCAGCUUAUGCAAGCGGUGCAGUUGCGACUUGUGUUAUUGCUAAAGAAACAUUUAGUAUAACUGGUGGUGGCGCCUUUGAAACUCUUCAACUACUCAUGGGCUGUGGUUUUCACCAACAAAAUUUUGUUGAUCUCGGCAACAACCGCCGGAUUAGAAACGAAAAUGAUCUUAUUGCCGGAAUACUUGGUUUGGGAAGAGGACCAUUGUCUUUUAUAAAUCAAUUAGGUGCUGAUGGACAAGGUAAAUUUUCCUACUGCUUGGAGAAACGUAGCGAAAAUAUUUACGCAGGAGGCACAUAUUUAAGUUUUGGUGCAGAUGCGACAAUCGGAAGCGGAGGUCAAAUAGUGCAUAGAACUCCCAUAGUAGUACCCGAGUUUCAGUUUCAGACAUCGGCUUAUUACUUAAAUCUAGAGGAUAUCACUGUGGGAUCCAAUAGAGUAGGUUUUCGGAGCAGAGAUUUUGAGCUUAAAGAGGAUGGACGUGGCGGUUGUGUCAUAGAUUCCGGGGCUCCGUAUACCGUAAUGUAUAAAGAUCAUUUUGAUAGAGUUGCAAAGUUGGUGGUGGCAUUUUUUAAACAGAAUCGUAUGCGUGUUGCUGCACCCACCGGAGAUGGUCUUUGUUUUGUUAUAUCCAGAAGAGACUAUACAGUUCCCAUUAUAAAAUUUCAUUUUCAACAGCAGGGAGAAUUUGUUGUUUUAGAGACCGGUUUUCUGCCAAUCGGUGGAAAUGUUUGUUUAGCUAUAGCUCGAUCGGAAUCUGAUACGGGGCCAGCUUUUAUUUUAGGAGCAAUCCAGCAAGUUAAUAAGAGAAUUUUGUAUGAUAGUAUGAGUAUGACACUCUCAUUUGCUGAUGAGAUAUGCUAAAUAGUUCUAUGAAAUCGCGAUUUAAGGGGUCUCAAGUGUUCUUCUAAUCAAGAAUAAAACAUGUUUGA